ACCAGUGCAGCAUGUGGGCAGUAGGGAGUUGGUUACCAGUUAAACCUGAAGAGUUAAACUUGAAAAACCGGAAAGCAGCAAGUAAUAGCGUCUUACUAUGGAGCACAGGUUUGUCCAGGCUGUUGUCUUUUUCAACCUGAGCCGGAACCACUGUUAUUUCGCCAUUAAACUGUUCGUCAUGCCCGGAGACUCCGUCAACUUUAACCUUCUCCACCAGACCUGUAAACUGGUGGUGCUGCUGUGUCUGCUCCACAUCUCCGUCACUCUCGUCUUUUACAUUCGUUCAUUGGACAUCAGUGCUCUGUUCGUCCAGAACCAGCAGUCUGGUUAUGCUGUCAAACCACCGAACUAUGGCAGACCCGAACCCAAAGGCGGGAGAGAGGAGCCCGCGAUUGUUGAGCCAGAGCCGCAGAUUAAAGACGAACAGAAGUCCACGGAACCGGAGGUGGAGCCGCCCGCGAAGGCGCAAGAGAAAUGCCCAGAAACAUCACCUGUGCUCGUGGGUCCUCUGCGAGUGGAGUUCAACACUCCGGUGAAUCUGGAGCAGAUAAAAAGCGACAAUCCCAAUGUGCAGCAUGGUGGACGCUUCAAACCCAAAGAUUGUGAGGCGCUGCAGAAAGUUGCUAUCAUCAUCCCCUUUCGCAAUCGAGACGAGCACCUGAAGUACUGGCUGUACUACCUGCACCCCAUCCUGCAGAGGCAGCAGCUGGACUAUGGAGUCUACGUCAUCAACCAGGAUGGAGACCAGGUCUUCAACCGAGCCAAGCUGCUCAACAUUGGCUUCGCAGAGUCUCUGAAGGAGUACGACUACAACUGUUUCGUCUUCAGCGACGUCGACCUGAUCCCCAUGGACGACCGCAACACCUACAAGUGCUUCAGCCAGCCCCGGCACCUGUCUGUGUCCAUGGACAAGUUUGGCUUCAGGUUACCUUACAAUCAGUACUUUGGUGGCGUUUCUUCCCUGAGUAAAGAACAGUACUUGAAGAUCAACGGCUUCCCCAACAACUACUGGGGCUGGGGCGGAGAGGACGACGAUAUCUACAACAGGGUGGUGUCCAAAGGCAUGUCCAUCUCCAGACCCAGUGGGGAGGUGGGAAAGUGUCGAAUGAUCAAACACGACAGAGACAAACAGAACGACCCUAACCCUCAGAGGUUCGACCGGAUCUCCCACACCAGAGAGACGAUGCACAAAGAUGGGAUCAACUCUCUGUCCUAUAAAGUGGUGAAGGUAGACAAGUUUGACCUGUUCACCAAAAUAACAGUGGACGUGGGUAAACCGUGACGACCACCGGGACCAGAGACAAACUGUGACGACCGCUGGGACCAGAGACAAACACAGUUGCAACCUUUGACACUUGAAUCUCUCUGCUCUGGUCCAGACGAUUGGACUCGAUAGACUCUGCUGUUUCUUUGUUUUACAGACUGAAGGUUUGUGUUGUAUGUUUUCUCCUCGGGAACGUGAGAACUCCCCUCUGAUUGGAUGCUGCAACCAAUCAGCUGCCUCCACCUGAUGGGCAGAUGAAAUUGCUGCAACAAAUGCCGAACACAACUUCAGUCAGUGGAGCAAAUAUUGUGGCUGCUUGGGCUGAAUUGGUGACUUGUGGUUAAUUAGCUGUUUGGGUUUUGAUCUGGUCUGGGUUCUGGUUUUGAUAUGUUGAUCCUGGCUUUGUUCAGAUCUAGAACGCAAGGGAGCUAAAAUAAGUCAUAAAAUCUCACUGAGCUCUCAACCAUGUCUCCUGGACGUCCACAGCUCUGACCAGUGGGUCCAGUCCAGCAGCGCCCUGUUAGUUUACAGCUCAGGUGUCUGUGAUUCUGCAUCUUCACGGUGAACAUGUUCCAACGACUGCACAAAACCAGAUUUAGCAGCGCUUGAGCUGAGAGAAAAGACUCCGGCUCACCUGUUCAAAGACCAGGACACGAACCAGCUCUAAACCUGUGUGUGUACUUGUUUUUCCUGCAAUGUGUUUUCUAGGCUUGUGUUAGAACCAAAUUAAGUCCUGAGUCUAAAAGGUUCAGAGCUGCUGCUGACUAUCAUUGAUGAAUUGUAUGUUUUCUUAUCAGCUGUUGGCGCCAAAGACUUUAUUUAAACUUUUCAUUGUAAUUAUUAUUGACACCUUGGUCCAGUCUGGGUGAAACAAAUAUUAGCAGCCGUGUGUGCAUGUUUCUGUCUGCAGACCAAAAUAAUCUUCGUAGUUUUGUCUGAGUCACUUUUAAAUGUGCCUUAAAUGAGCCCAGUGUAAAUGCUGUGACUGGUUAAACCAGUGUGUAACAUGGAUGAUGAAAAUAA